GUGACAAAACCAACCCAAAUGGUGUGAAACCUUUUUAGAGGAAAGAAUAGUUUACACAACUUUUCCUUCUACUUGUAUUGGAACUCUGCAUUUUGUGCUUUGUGUAUCCUCUCUCUCUCUCUCUCUCUCUGUGGGUUGCCUACCACUACUACCAUUGAUUGAUAUAAAUCCCAAGCCACACCCACAAAAGAAGUAUCCUUAUUCUCAAUUAAGCUUAGAUAGUAUGGAGCUGGUAUUCUUCAUUAUGCCCUGCAUUUUAGUCCUGUCUUUCUCUGCUUUGCUAACACCCUGCACUUCUUUGCAUAUUCAACUGCAGCCAUCGAAUAAACAAGCUGCAGCGAACGACGAACUCCAAUCCUCUCUCCCUACAUUGCCAAGGAAGCUUAGAUUCACUGAAAAAGUAACUAUUGCCGGACAAGAAGGUAAAGAUUCUGCACCUCCCAACAAGCAGAAGGAAAAUGUUUCAGCCGCAGGUGGUAAUGAUAUUAAACCAAAAUUCCAGAAAGAAAAAGAAAGUGUGCAAAGAAGCAGCGGAACAUGGCAGGAAUGGAUGGAAGGGGAAGACACAUCAGAGUUCUUCACAAUGGAUUAUUCCAAAGUAAGAAGACGACGCCCCAUACACAACAAGUCCCGCCCAGAAGUUUCUCCAUAAAACAUGCAUGCAUGCAUGCUACCAUGGUCGACCAUACAACAAAUUACAAGAGAAGAGAUGAUAGAUAUCAACAAAACUUUUAACUUUUGGUAUUUAUAAAAAUUAAUUAUUAAUGUUGUUAUUGUAAUAUAUAGUUAGGGAAAUGAGGAGAGUGUUUUGUUAACCAGCUCUUGUGGCCGACACCAGGGAGCAAAACCCAAGAUUUGUUACUAACUAGGACGACCCUUGUCUUCCAAUUACAUUAAUUUAUGUUCUUUUUGUUGAGUUGGUAGGUCUUUCGUUAGCAGUCAAACGGGGGCUACAAACCCCAACAUUUGGUAACGUGGUCUCUCUCUGUCACACAAAUUACAAAACUUAUAUAUAGUUAAUUAUGGUAUUAGGUGCAACCCAACCCAA